AUGAGAGUGACAGAAGCGGCGACAGCGGAGGGCGAGUCAGAAACUCUGCUGCUGGUGGAGGUGAAGAAACAGCCGGCGGUGACUGUCACAGACGAGGACCAACCAGAGGUGGCGGAGGAGCAGCAGACUGAUGUUAUCCAGGCAGUAGAAGCAACAGCUGAGACAGAGGUGUCUUCUGAAGCUGAUGGUGCCACCUCAGGGAAGAAGAAAAAGAAGAAGAAGAAGAAGAAGGAGGAGGGGGAGGGGCUGAAAGCUGAGAUUGAGGACGAGUCACAGGUGAGUCCAGAAGAAGAGAUCACACCUGAGACUGAAGCCACGACCCCCGCCAAGAAGAAGAAGAAAGGCCAGAAGAAGAUGGAGGAAGCUGAGGUUGGAUCUCAGGUGAGUCCAGGAGAAGAAGAAGAAGCAGCAUCUCAAGAAACUGCCGCGACGCCGCUUAAAAAGAAGACGAAGAAGAAGCAGGCGAGCACGCAGGAGGAGGGAACGGAUCAGAAGCCCGACGAUACGACCGUCGAGUCUUCAGCCGCCGCAGAUCAAAGUGCAGCAACACCACUGAAGAAGAAAAGGAAAAAGAAUCUCAAAGAAUCAACAGAAACCACCGAGGUAACACAAGCGACACCAGCGAAGAAGAAGAAGAAGAGUCAGACGCCUGCAGCAGCAGAGGAGGUCGGCAGCGGCGGCGACGAGGAGGAAACCAAGGCGGCCGCUUCCUCCGCCAAACCAGCCAAGAAGAAGAAGAAGAAGAUUCCCGUCACGUUUGAGUACGAGGAGGACGAGGUCGAGGCGGCGAUCAACGGCCUCGCAGAAGAAGAAGAAGCGGAGGUGGAGGAGCUGUCGACACCUCUGAGCUCUAAAAAGACCCAAAAGAAGACGAAGACUCCCUCAGGAUCAGACUUUGUCACCUUUCAGAGCAAAGCCGCCGUCCCCAAGCCGCUGUUCUGCAAGACUAAAAGAAGCCCCGGCACCCCUUCUACCAAAAAGAAGAAGAGCCAAACUCCCAAAUCAGAGUCUAAGAAAGUGACGUUUGGCCUGAAGAAUAAUAAAACAGCUGAGUUUAGGAAGACUGAUCGCAGCCUGCUGGUGAGUCCGGACGGGUCGUCACGAGUGCCCUUUGACCCCCAGCAGAAACCCAAGUGUGGGGUCUUAAAGUCUCCUCCCACACUACGUUCCUCCAGCGUCAAAAAAACACCCAACAGGAAGAAGAGCGUGACGACUCCAAAGAGCACGCCGAAACGCAGAAUGACCGCGGCCGACUUCUUCUGAGACCCCGCGUUUUGACGGACUGCAGAUGCAGACGUGAAGCUCUCUGAACUCUUUCGUAACAGACUGGUUUAAAACAUCCUGUUUUGGAGAGAUAUAAAGAAGUAUUUUUUAUGUUUAUCAGAUGCGAUUUGUCUCUUUGAGUGACAUUUUAAUAAAGUUACUCGAUUUCAGUUUU